GGUCCCUCGCUUGUACCACUAUUCAACGAGCAGGUAUCAUUGUAGAGCAGCGGAGUGGAAGCAUGUUGAUGCUGUUCGUCCGAGCAUGUGUAAAACAAAAUUUAUAUGUUAAGGCAAUGUGAACAUGGGUUGAAGGUUGCUGGACUGGUUGCGCAGUGCAAGAUCGACCGUCCGCGGCUGUGCAAGCCGAUGGAUCUCCCCGCCACGCCGCGUACUUCAUUCACAUGUACGUCUCCGAAGUCCGCCUCGUAAUCUCCUUCCUACUCAACAACAGCAAACUCCUUGACCUCUUUCAUUCCUCAAUCUAGAUUGUGAGCAUACCCAAGACUGUGAGCAAAUAAGACGCACAAUAGCAUAAUGGCGCAGCCGCUUUCCUCUCGUCCCUCUUCGCCCUCUGUGGCGAGCACAAUGGGCGACGACGACGACGCAGACAUGAUCAACACCCCUCCACCCAGCGAGCCGGAUACCUUCCCAGAUUAUAUCCACGUCGACAUGGGUAAUUCCAGAGACGAGGUAUCCGACCAAGCGCAGGAGUCAACAGCUUCCAUACCUUCGACCCCACCCUUUGAAGAUGCUAUCAUGACACACGACGAUGAGCCACUGCCUCCAUACACCGUGUCCGAAGCCUCUCCUGGCGCAUCUCUUUACGCAGCAUCUCCCCGUCCCAUCUCCACAAGUCCAAUAACUCAACACUACGACCCCGACAAGAAGGAGAACUCUUCUUCUUUCAUUGUCCCAGGGACAUACCCCACCGCCCCCACAGACCCGAUUCCUGACCCCCCAGAAGAAGAGAUUCCAUACACAGAGCCCCAUAACACCGAUCAGAAUCCUUUCAUCGCCGCCGCCACCGCGGCUGUCGGCCUAUCUACGCUUCUCGCCAUCUUCACCGCUCGAACACUGUAUACGGGCGCGCAAGCUGCAUCGUCGAGUCUAUACACAAACUUCCAGUCAGACCUGCGUGGUGCGCAUGGUGAUAUUCAGGCUGCGAUGGCAGAUUUGGCUACCGCGGUUGCUGGUGCACGAAGAGAGAUAGGGACUGCGAGGGAGAGCGUGUUCCGUGAGGUAGGGCAGGUGAGCAGUGAAGUUGGUGGUAUCGUCAGGGAUACAGAAGCGACAAUGAGAAGGGAUGUCGAAGCGGUGGUACAAGACCUAGGGAGAGUGAGAGGAGAGCUACAGAACGUAGUGCGGGAAGUCGGUGGCGGAGCGGUAGGGGACUUGAGAAGGACCUGGGGAGAUGUACUUGGUGUCUUGAGGGAUGUAAGGGACGCGCAGUUUCGGUAAGCUGACAGAGUCGCUAAAUGGCGAGCACUUCGGGCGGGAUUUCUGUAAACAGGAUUCGGUGCAUGUAAACGGGCAGGGCGU